AUGCUCACAGGCCGAGGAAGAGGCAAGAUCAGGGCUCCGCGAAGGGGUCUUUCAACUCCGGGAGACAAUGUCGACUUUGACUCCAUGUGGGCAGUCCUUGCCUCCUCUUUACGCGAGAUACAUACCAAGAAUGCCUCGAAGCUGUCAUUUGAAGAGCUGUAUCGAAAUGCCUAUAAGCUAGUGCUGAAAAAGAAGGGCGAAGCAUUGUACGAGAAGGUCAAACAAUUCGAGCACGAUUGGCUCAGCACCGAAGUUCGUGGACGAAUCCGAUCGUCUCUCACCGGCGGUCUUCUAACUGGCGCGGCUGGAUCCAUAAGCGGCAUGACUGCCAACGAAAGACGAGUGGCAGGGGAGAAAUUUAUGAAAGCGUUGAAAUCGGCUUGGGAAGACCACAAUCUCUGCAUGAAUAUGACAACAGAUGUCCUAAUGUAUAUGGAUCGGGUGUACUGUACGGACAACCGACGGCCGUCCAUCUUUGCUGCAUCAAUGGCGCUAUUUCGGGACUGCGUAUUACGCUCGCCUUUGGUGGCCGAGGAUCCUACAACCGUGGCUAUGAUACUUAAUUCUGUCAUUCUUGACCAAGUGCGGAUGGAGCGCGAAGGUGACAUUAUCGACAAGAAUCUCAUUCGAUCAUGCGCAUACAUGCUGGAGGGCCUCUACGAGACGGAAGAGGAGGAAGAAAGCACAAAGCUUUACUUAACAUCCUUCGAACCGGAUUUCCUGGACGAGAGCCGCGUAUUCUAUAAGGCCGAGGGAGCGUCGCACCUCAGAUCCUCUGACGCCGGAACAUACUGUCGACAUACGAGGAAGAGGAUCAGUGAAGAACAGGAUCGGUGUAGAUCUACCCUGUCGCCUCUUACAGCACCCAAAAUCACUUCUGUUGUCGAGGAUGAGCUCAUCAAACGCAAUAUUCGGGAGGUAAUUGACAUGGAGGGCAGCGGGGUAGAGCACAUGCUCGACAACGACAGGAUAGGAGAGCUGGAAUUGGUGUAUGAAUUGAACGCGCGAGUGGACCCCAAGAAGGAGGAGUUACGUCGAGCGCUUCAGAAACGCGUGGUUGAGCUCGGCAGUGACGUUAACAAUGCUGCGAUCAACUCUUCUCAAGCCCCUCCACCUCAACCGCCAGAAGUAAAUGGGGAGACCAGAGGCAAAGGUGAUGCAAAGCCUCCUGCUGAGAGGCCAGUAAAUCAGCAGACUGCUGCCGCAAUCAAGUGGGUAGACGAUGUGCUACAGCUCAAGGACAAAUAUGACAACAUCUGGAUCAGGGCUUUUGGGUCAGAUCAAGGCUUGCAGACGGCCUUGACACGGAGCUUUUCUGACUUUAUCAAUGCCUUUCCUCGAAGCUCCGAGUACAUUUCACUUUUCUUGGAUGAAAACCUAAAGAAGGGAUUGAAGGGUAAGACAGAGAAUGAAGUUGACGCAGUCCUGGAAAAGGCAAUCACGCUGCUGCGGUACAUUCAAGAUAAGGAUAUGUUUGAGCGUUAUUACAAAAAGCAUCUUUGUCGACGAUUACUCAUGGGCAAGUCCGUCAGCGGUGAUGUAGAGAGGCAAAUGAUUUCGCGGAUGAAGAUGGAGGUCGGAAACCAUUUCACGCAAAAACUAGAAGGAAUGUUCAAGGAUAUGACCGUAUCCGAGGAUCUCACGUCCAGCUUCAAAGACAAGAUUGCCAAGCUCGGCGAUCCCGAUCAGAAGCGCAUUGAGCUCGCCAUCAAUGUUCUCACCAGCACAAUGUGGCCCCUGGAGGCAAUGGCGCCAUCAACUAGCGGGGAAGAAGGCCGAGCUAGGUGCAUCUUCCCUCAAGCGGUGGAGCGAGUCAAGCAGAGUUUCGAAAAGUUUUACAUGGAGAAGCAUAAUGGUCGAGUGCUCACAUGGCAGGCCAACAUGGGUACGGCCGACGUCCGAGCGACUUUUCCGAAGGUACCGGGCAAGGAAUCCAGCAAGGAGCGAAGGCAUGAGCUCAAUGUCUCAACCUAUGCCAUGGUCAUUCUCCUGUUGUUCAACGAUUUGCCUCCUGGUGAAAGCUACACGUUUGAAGACGUUCAGGGACGAACAAAUAUUCCAACCAACGAAUUGAUUCGGAACUUACAAUCGCUUGCGGUGGCACCCAAGACAAGGAUCCUCAUCAAAGAGCCAAUGAGCAAGGAUAUCAAGCCUACCGACCAGUUUUACUUUAACGAGAACUUCCACAGCAAAUUUCUCAAGAUCAAGGUGGGAGUGGUGUCGAGCGGCAACAAGGUCGAAGGUACAGAAGAGCGCAAGGAGACGGAAAAGAAAAAUAAUGAUUCGCGAGGUGGCACAAUAGAAGCUGCCAUUGUGCGAACAAUGAAGCAGAGAAAAGAACUUUCGCAUCAGCAGCUUAUCACAGAAGUCAUUACGCAACUGGCGAGUCGCUUUGUACCGGACGUGAAUAUGGUCAAGAAGCGAAUUGAGAGCCUGAUUGAACGCGAGUACCUUGAGCGAGUGGAAGAUGCUGAACGGCCUGCAUAUCGCUAUCUUGCAUAG